UAACACUGCAGUUUCACUUAAGGGCAACAAACAUGGCAAAACAACAGAACAAAUUAGCUGAUGAAAUAGAGAAAGUGUUGGAGAAGUCUAAAGGGUUUUCCCUUAAGGAUCUGCUGUUCUUCUAUCAGGGAACCCCAUACCCUGUCACUGUAUGCAGUGCAGAGACAUUCCACGCCCUGGAAAACUUAGAAGCCAGAAGAGAUGAUAUGGUGUUGGUAUCUUACCCCAAAUGCGGUGCAAAUUGGCUUAUCCAGCUCUUAAAUGAUUUGAUAUUUACAACUUCCCAGACUAAACAUAUAAACACGGAACUGCCAUUUAUUGAAUGUGGAGAUCCAGAAAAAUAUCAGAGGAUGAAACAGUUUCCAUCUCCAAGGAUUUUGGCAACACACCUCCAUUAUGAUAAUCUCCCCAAGUCUAUCUUCAAGAAUAAAGCCAAGAUACUAGUGUUGUUUCGAAAUCCUAAAGAUACAGCUGCAUCAUUUUUCCAUUUCUAUAACAACGCCACAGACGUCCCCAGUUAUAACUCCUGGGACGAGUUCUUCUCCGAGUUCAUGAGUGGAAAAGUCAGCUGGGGUUCCUAUUUUGACCACGCAGUCACCUGGAACAAACACAUUGCGGAUGAAAAUGUUAUGAUUAUAACAUAUGAAGACCUGAAAGAGAACCUGGCUUCUGGAGUGAAGCAAAUGGCUGAAUUCUUUGGAUUCUCUCCAACGGCAGAGCAAAUUCAGUUUAUUGCAGACAGGGGAAGCUUCCAAGCAAUGAGAGAAAAAUCCCAGGAGAUCUAUGGCUCAGUUGGUCCGAUUCUCUUCCGUAAAGGUGCUGUUGGAGAUUGGAAGAACCUUUUUACUGAAGCUCAAAGCCAGGAAAUGGAUGCUAAAUUUAAAGAGUGUUUAGGGGGAACCAAGCUGGAAGCACAUCUGAAGUAUGAUGUGCAUUGCAAGGCCUGAGAAUGGUUACAGAAAAGUCUCUCUUCAAUAUGAGCUUUUAAAUUUUGUUUUUAUAUACUCUAAAAGGAAUACUUUAAAUCAGGAUGAAUAUCUCAGUUGUAAUUUGUAGCUUGUUAGUGUAAGAUUACAUUUCUGCCAAGUUUGGUUCUGUAAUAUCAUCAGCAUGGCUUCAGUUCGGUAAAACACUUAAGCACCUGCUUAAUUUUAAGCACCUGCUUAAAUCCCAGUGUAGUCAGUGGGAUUACUCAUAAAUUAAGCAAGAGGCUUAAGUGUUUUGCUGAUCAGAGAUAAGAGUACUUGCUUUAAAUUAAAUUAUGCUUACAUGGUUUGCAGAAUUGAAGCUUGAAUGAAGAAGUGUUAUCUAUCGAUGUGUAGGUUGAAAUGUUGAUGUAAGCAAGUUAAGAGAGACGCAAGUAGCACUUCCCAAAAAUUCAGUUCACUGUUUCCGCUAAAUUGGGAAGUGUUAUGCAAAGACUAUUGAAGGCAGAGAAAUAAUGAAAAGAGAACUAGAGUGGUGAGCGCAAAUUAAUAUAAUAGGUGUAAACAGGGGCGGCUCUACCUUUUUGGCCGCCCCAAGCAGUCAUGCGCG